AUGCCAAGCAAACGUCGUAAUAAUGGUCGUUCUAAAAAGGGACGUGGUCAUGUAGUUGCAAUUCGCUGCAGUAAUUGUGGAAGGUGUGUAGCUAAGGAUAAAGCUAUCAAACGUUUUGUAGUAAGGAACAUAGUUGAUGCUUCAUCUCAAAGAGAUCUUAGAGAUGCCUCAGUUUACUCUACAUAUGCAUUGCCAAAACUUUACAACAAAAUGUGUUAUUGUGUAUCUUGCGCUAUUCACUCCAGAACUGUCAGAGUUCGUAGCGUUAAAGAUAGGAAGAUUAGGACUAAUCCAAAUAUUCAGAGAUUCAAGGUGCAAUCCUAA